AUGGAGAACGUGACGGCCGCGAUGAACGCCGCGCAGCUCACGGAAGACGACGCUGCGCCCUCGAAGAAGUUCGCGCGUCGCGACCAUCUGAUCGCCAUCGAGCACGAGGUGAUGGCCAAGUGGGACGCGGUGAAACUCUUUGAAGCGAACGCGGACGUGAGCCACGAGGCCGCGACGACGAAGAACAAGUACAUGGUGACGUUCCCGUACCCGUAUAUGAACGGCUACUUGCACGUCGGCCACCUGUUUACGCUCUUGAAGGUCGAGUUUGCCGCCCGGUACCACCGCCUCAAGGGCGAGAACGUCCUCUUCCCCUUUGCCUUUCACUGCACUGGUAUGCCCAUCCAAGCGGCAGCAAACAAACUCAAGCGCGAGCUCGAGACCUAUGGGACGCCGCCGGACUUUUCACGUACCCUCGCUGGACCUACGGGCAGCGACGGGGACGACAAGUCGGAGGCUGGUGACGAAGCAGGGAAGACGGCUAUGGAAGGAGCGCUGGACAAGGCGCACGGCAAGAAGUCCAAGGCUGCCGCCAAGACAGGUGGCGUCGUGCAUCAAUACGACAUUCUCAAGAUGUCGCACAUUCCGGAAGACGAGAUCCCCAAGUUCCAUGAUCCGCUCUAUUGGCUCGAGUACUUUCCACCGCAUGCGAUUGCUGACCUCAAGCGCUUUGGCAUGAACAUUGACUGGCGUCGGUCGUUUAUUACGACGGACGUGAACCCGUUUUACAAUGCGUUCGUUGAGUGGCAGCUGAACAAACUCAACGAGCACGGCCGCAUCGUGCGUGGCAAGCGCCCCAAUGUCUACUCGAUCUUGGACGGACAGAGCUGCGCUGACCACGAUCGCGCGUCGGGCGAAGGCGUGGGCCCGCAAGAGUACACGCUCGCCAAGCUCCGUGUGAAGGAACCGCUGCCGGAGAAGUUUGCUCCACUUGCCGGCAAGAAGGUGUUUCUGGCUGCUGCGACGCUGCGUCCCGAGACGCUGUAUGGACAGACAAACUGUUUUGUGCUGCCUGAAGGCGACUAUGGUGCCUUCCUCAUCAACGACGACAAUGACGUGUUUGUGAUGAGCCGUCGCGCGGCGCGCAAUCUGGCUCACCAGGAGCACUCGCGUGUGUGGGGGAAAGAGGAGUGCCUACUCGAGGUGAAAGGCUGGGACCUGCUGGGUCUGCCGUUGGCAUCGCCUAACGCACCGUACGACACGAUCUACACGCUGCCACUGCUGACGAUUUCUAUGGGCAAGGGUACGGGUGUAGUCAUGAGUGUGCCGUCCGACUCGCCAGACGACUAUGCUGCGUUCCGUGACUUGAAGCAGAAGCGUGCUUUGCGCGAAAAGUAUGGCAUUGCAGACCACAUGGUGCUGCCGUACGAGCCGGUGCCCAUCAUCGAGAUCCCGGGCUUCGGCAACAUGGCUGCGGAAAAGGUUUGCCUGGACCUCAAGAUUGUGUCGCAGAACGACAAGGACAAGCUAGCUAAGGCGAAGGAGCUUGUGUACCUCAAAGGGUUCUACGAAGGCGUCCUCAUCGUGGGCUCGCAAAAGGGUCAGAAGGUAUGCGAUGCCAAGGCCAUCAUGCGCCAGGAAUUGAUUGACGCUGGCCACGGUGUUCCGUACUGGGAGCCGGAGUCACUCGUGGUGUCGCGUAGCGGUGACGAAUGUGUGGUUGCCCAUCUGGACCAGUGGUACCUGACCUACGGCGCCGAAGACUGGAAGAAGCGCGUGAUGGACCACAUUAGCGACCCGAAGUCCUUCGAUGCGUACAAUCCAGUGGCGCUUGGUGAGUACAAGUCUACUCUCGGGUGGCUGAAAGAGUGGGCCCCGUGCCGUCAGUUUGGUCUCGGCACGCGUCUUCCAUGGGACCCCGAGUUUGUGGUGGAGUCUCUCACGGACUCGACCAUCUACAUGGCCUACUAUACGAUCGCGCACCACUUGCAGGCCAACCUCAAUGGCUCGGAGCUGGGCCCACAUGGCAUCAAGCCUGAGCAGAUGACGAAGGAGGUGUUUGACUAUAUUUUCUUGAAAGCCUCGCCGCCUACCGCGAGUACGAUCCCGCUGGCCGUGCUGAAGCAGAUCCGCGACGAGUUUGAGUACUGGUACCCCAUCGAUGUUCGCGCGUCCGGCAAGGACUUGAUCCGCAAUCACUUGACGAUGUGUCUGUACAACCACGCCGAGAUCUGGCGUAACGAUCCGUCAAAGUGGCCGCGUGGUUUCUUCACGAAUGGUCAUGUGCAGGUGGACGGUAAGAAAAUGUCCAAAUCUUUGGGAAACUUCCUCACACUGAAAGACUGCGCUACUGAGUUUGGUGCCGAUGCCACUCGUUUCGCUUGCGCCGAUGCUGGUGACGGUAUGGACGACGCUAACUACGCGUUGGACACGUGCCGCAUGGCGAUUCUGCGUCUCACCACUGAGGAGGAGUGGAUCAAGCGCGUCGUGGGUAGCAAGGCGUCGCUGCGGAGAGGUGAGCUUAACUUCAACGACAAGGUUUUCUUGAACCAAAUGAAUGACCUCAUCGGGCAGACGGCGUCGUUCUAUGAUCACCUUCUGUGGCGCGAGGGUCUCCACUCGGGCUUCUUCGAGUUCCAGAUUGCUCGCGAUUCGUACCGUGACAUAUGCACCCGGAGCGAGGUACCGAUGCACCAUGGCGUUAUCAUGCGUUUCAUCGAGUCUCAGCUCAUCAUCUUUUCGCCCAUAUGUCCGCAUUUCUGCGAAUACAUGUGGACUGCUAUUGGCAACGAAGGCUUUGUAUCGGUGGCUCUCUGGCCCGUGACCGAGGAGGUCGACCAUGCGCUUCUACGCGCGGGUGAUUUCUUGAACAAAAUUACUCGCAGCUUCCGCGAAGUGCUUACGAAAAGCAGUAGUAAAACGAAGGGAAAGAAGGGAGCUAUUGCGUCCGAGCCAGCUAAGAAGCCUACCCACGCGCAAGUGUACCUGACUACGGAGUUUCCAGAAUGGCAACAGAAGGUGCUAGUGUUCAUGGACGGUCUCUUCGAUGACGCGUCAAAGCAGUUCCCUGCCGACUUUAUGCAACAGCUCAAGGGCGAAAUCACCAAGAACGACUCGCUGAAGAAGCUCACGAAGAACGUGAUGCAGUUUGCUGCGUUCGUCAAGGCGGAAGCUGAGCUGCGUGGCCGUGAGGCUUUGGAGCUGAGGAUGCCGUACGAUCAGAAGAGCGUGCUUGCCUCUAACAAGUUGUACCUCUGCCGGUCGCUGGAGCUUCAGGACAUCAACUUCUACUACUUGGGCGAAGAGAUCCCGAACGCAGACGCGAGGAAAUUGGAGACGGCGUCGCCAGGCAAGCCUGCCAUCUACGUCUUUGCUCCGUAA